AAUUGGGGCGGGGCUAAUGCGGCUGCGGGACGCCCGCGGCGUACGCAUGCGCAGUGCCUGUGUGUCGUGGGCUUUAGGGCUGCCUCGUAGCGUCUGCAACCUGGGCGUUCUCCCGCUCGCCGCCGCUCCGCCUACGUCCAGGCUCCGCCCGGCGGCUCGAAUUGCGCAACCCGUUGGCGUAACCGGGAGCGCAACGUGGAGACCCGACUCGGUGGAUUCCAAGCUCUGCAGCUGGGGAACUAGAGGGCGGACGUUGGUGCUGAACAUUCCUUGUGAGAAAUCUGAGGCGCAUACUAUUGAGGAGCCACAAUUUUCCUUCUGCCUGCUGCCAAGUUUCUUGAGAGCCCAACUAUUGGGGCCUCAGCUCAAAGGUCUCCUGCUCACAGAGUCUUUCCCUGACCAGUCACCUGUCACCCAGACCCAUUCCAAUCAGGGACUAGCCCUGCCCCAGAAUGGUCCAGGACCUCCAGGCUCUUGACUCUCACAGGAAAGAAUUCAAGAAUGAGUCAUGGUGGGGGAUACGGGCUGCGAAGAGCCUUCUGGCUCUAAGGGAACAGGAAGAACUAGAAGAUUUGUCAAAUGACUACCCCUCAAGCACCAGUGAAGAUGAGGGGGACAGUGGUAGAGAGCGAAAGCAUCAAAAGCUUCUGGAAGCAAUCAGUUCCCUUGAUGGAAAGAAUAGGCGGAAAUUGGCUGAGAGAUCUGAGGCUAGUCUGAAGGUGUCAGAGUUCACGGUCAGUUCUAAAGGAUCAGGAGAAAGGCUAGUCCUUUCAGAUCUGCUUGAACCUGUUAAAACUUCAUCCUCAUUGGCCACUGUGAAAAAGCAACUGAAUAGAGUCAUAUCAAAGAAGACUGUGGAGCUACCCCUUAACAAAGAAGAGGUUGAGCGGAUCCACAGAGAAGUGGCAUUCAAUAAAACCUCACAGGCGCUCUCCAAAUGGGAUCCCAUCGUUCAGAAGAACCAACAAGCAGAGCAGCUGUUUUUCCCCCUGGUAAAGGAGCAGUCAGCCUUCGCUCCCAUGGAGCAUGUGCUCAACGGCUGGAAGGCAAGAACACCCCUGGAGCAGGAGAUUUUUAACCUCCUUUGUAAGAACAAGCAGCCAGUGACAGACCCUUUACUGACUCCUGUGGAAAAGGCCUCUCUGAAAGCCAUGAGCCUGGAAAUGGCCAAGAUGCGCCGAGCAGAGCUUCAGAGGGCCCGGACCCUGCAGUCUUACUAUGAGGCCAGGGCUCGAAGAGAGAAGAAAAUAAAGGGCAAAAAGUAUCACAGAGUUCUGAAGAAAGGAAAGGCCAAGAAAUCCCUAAAAGAGUUUGAGAAGCUGCGGAAGACCAAUCCUGCUGCUGCACUGGAAGAACUGGAAAAACUCGAAAAGGCCAGAAUGAUGGAGCGAAUGAGCCUUAAGCACCAGAACAGUGGAAAAUGGGCAAAGUCAAAGGCAAUUAUGGCCAAAUAUGACCUGGAGGCUCGCCAGGCUAUGCAGGAUCAGUUGGCCAGUAACAAAGAACUGACGCAGAAAGUCCAGGAGAGUGAGGAAGAGGAGGGAGGUGAAGAAGAAGAGGGUGAUCUCCUUGUCCCUGAUGCAGUGAAUGAGGCACAUAUGACUGCAGAUGGACCAAACCCCUGGAUGGUCAGGAAUCACUCUGAUGACGCAAAAGAGGCUGAAAUCCAGAAGGACUCUGAACAACUUCCAGAGCCCAUGGCCAACGAGGCUUCUGAGAGUGAGGAAGAAGAAAGACCAGUGGCAGAGGAAGAAAUUUUGUUGAAAGAAUUUAAGGAAAGUCAGUCACUUAGGAAAAUGUCGGGGCUCAACCAGGACACCAAGCCAGUGGGCAGACAAGAAACAGAAGAUUCUAGCACCCAGGAGGUGCUAUCCAAACUGAGAGCACUGUCUCAGAAACUCAACAAGGACAACCAUCAGUGCAGAAAGCAAAACAUGGGUUCAGUGAGGACUGUUUUGUCCACCCAGAGAGAGGGACCUUCUGGGGAAGAAGAGGAGCCCCUGUUGCUACAGAGGCCGGGGAGAGCACAGACUCUGGAGGAGCUAAAGGAACUGAGCAAAGAAGGAUGCUUUCAAAAUGAGGAGCUUCCCAGGCCUGCGUUAGAAGGGCAGUGGGUGGAGAGGAAUAAUCAGCCUAGUGCUCCCAAGAAGAAAACAAAGGAGCAAAUGAUUGACCUACAGAACAUCUUAACCACAAAAUCUCCUUCCGUGAAGUCUUCGGCUGUCCCCACGAUAGAGGAGUUGGAAGAUGAGCAAGAGAGAGAGGAAGAGAGAGAGCAAAAGCAAAUGAUAAAGGAAGCUUUUGCUGGUGAUGAUGUCAUCAGAGAUUUCUUGAAAGAGAAGAGAGAAACAGUGGAGGCGAGUAAGCCACAGGACGUGGACCUGACUCUGCCUGGCUGGGGCGAGUGGGGCGGUGUGGGCCUGAAGCCCAGUGCCAAGAAGAGACGCCGGUUUCUCAUUAAAGCACCUGAAGGUCCUCCAAGAAAGGACAAGAAUUUACCAAAUGUGAUUAUCAAUGAGAAGCGAAACAUCCACGCAGCAGCUCACCAGGUGCGAGUGCUUCCGUAUCCAUUUACCCACCAUCAGCAAUUUGAGAGGACCAUCCAGACUCCUAUAGGAUCUACAUGGAACACCCAGAGAGCCUCCCAAAAGCUGACUACACCCAAGGUUGUCACCAAGCCAGGACAUAUCAUUAAGCCUAUAAAAGCAGAGGAUGUGGGCUACCGGUCUUCCUCACGGUCCGACCUCUCUGUCAUACAGAGGAAUCCAAAACGACUCUCCAUACAUCACAAAAAACAGCUGAAGAAAAACUAAAGAUAGAGUUGCUGGAGGAGUGACAUCUUGGUUCCCAGAAGCAGGACCCUAGAGUGCUCCUCCAUUAGCUGGGUUUUACUAGUACUACAAUUUCAAAAUUUGUUAGCACACAUAUUAGGAAUAAAGGCAUUUUUAUCUAUUAAAAAAAAAAAGAGAGAAUGAGUCAUGGUGAGAGUGAAAGCCAGUUUUGUUCAGGUAGAGAAAAAGAGUUAGGAUGCGGGUUCCUGGAGACAGGAUCAGGGGUUGAGCUGCCCACUGCCCCUUUGGUUGCAAGUCUCUCAGGGCGUCGCUGUGAAAGUAGCAAAAGCACAAGUGGAAUGGGUGAACUCGAGAGUGAGUUGUGUGCUGGGUCAGUCAGUUCUUGGGAUUUUAUGUGUUUCCAAGGCUGGGUUGUUUCUAAACUUUGUGGCACUGAGUUCUGACUCGGCCUUCUGUAUGCGUGCGUGCGUGCGUGCGUGCGUGCGUGUGUGCGUGUGUCUUGUUCCUAAUAUGGUCUGUUCUAAAAAGUAUCAUGGUGUUCUUCCUCCUCUGCCUCCCCUCCCCUUCUACUUGUGCCAGUUUUCAUUAUGAUGAUGGUAUAAUGAGCUUUGAGGCCAGUCUCUUACAAGUUUUUUCUCCAUCUUGGAUGGAUCUGGGUUUAGCUAGUCCUUGUUGCUGUUGUUGACUUCUAUGACCCUGCAGGGGUUUCCUGUCUGACUGUUUCCCUAUGGUCAUGCGUGGAGGUGGGGAUCCUGGUGAGUGGACCUAGUGAUUUACCAUCCCGUGAUGUCAGAUCCUACUUCCUCAUUCCACUUGUCAGGUGUUUUUUCUAACUUCUUUCUAUCCUGCCUCACACUUUAAAAUAGUCCUCAACCCUCAUCUGAAAUUAUCUUAUUUGCUCAUCUGUGUGGGGGUUUUUUGCUGUGACCUAUAUGAAAGCUGGGACCUUUGCAUGUUUGUUCAUGGUUGUACUUCCAGUAUCUGGUAUAUGUUUGUUGAAUGAAUGAACAGCAUGCAGAAAGCCUGGUAGAGAAUAGGCACUCAAUGUUCAGUGCUAAAACGAGCAUUCGUUGCACUCCCACAUAUAUACCCAAGAGAACUGUACAGAAAUGUCUAUAACAGCAUUACUCUUAGUAGAUGGGAGGUGCAAACAACCUAAAUGUCAAAAUGUGGUGUAUCCAUACGAUGGGAUAUUAUUCAGCCAUGAGGCAAUGAAGUACUGACACCGAUCACAACAUGGCUUAGCCUGGAAAAUGUUGUAUUUAAAAGAAUCUAGACACAAAAACCCACAUGUCUUAUGCCAUUUACAUGAAACUAGAGGCCCG